CAUUCAUUCAUUUUUGUAACUUUUUAAGUACAUAAGUGCAUGCAUAUUUUCUGAGUGAUACCAAAUUUGGAUGUAUAUGCACUCGGUUGUUGCGACAGGUUUGCUCGGACAUUUUGAAGAGCCGGUAGAAGGUGAGUGGGCAAUCCUUGGUGGGACAGGAGAGUUUGCCUAUGCACAAGGUGUGGUGACCUUCAAGAAAGUCCAGGACGGAAGCACUAGGGUCAGACAGCUUCAGAUACGUGCCAUCUGCCUCAGCUUUCCAUCGUCACUUUCAAUGCCUACGAAGAUGGGGCCAUGGGGUGGAAAUGGAGGCUCCAUUCAAGACAUCACCACCGGAACCCCGAUGCGCCUGCAAAGUGUGACACUCAGCAGUGAGAGCAGCUGGAUUGUCUCUCUUGCAUUUACUUAUAUUGACAAACUUGGGAAGAGGCGCAACGAAGGUCCCUGGGGUCCUGACAAAGGGAACAGUCAAACCAUCGAGUUCGGACCUAAAGAAUAUGUGACGGAAAUAUCAGGGACAAUUGACAAUGUCAUAUCGUCAUUGUUAUCACGACAAACAUGAAAAAGUAUGGGCGUUUGGGCAUGAGAAGGGCAAUCGUUUCAGCGCCGCCGUGCCAGAAAACACUUGUGUUGUGGGAUUCUUUGCCAGGACCGGGAAUGCUCUUGAUGCCAUUGGUGUUUACCAUGGCCCCAUCAUGGUUUGAAUGGGAUUCAUUGGCGUUUUGCUUUAGUGUCUAGCAAUCUCAUGCUAGUUUAUUUCAAUGAAAAGUGUGUUAGUUUCACCGUUUGUUUUUCAACAAUAACAUGGCUAGGGUCCUCCUUACGUGUAUGAUCCAAGUCGCUCUAGUGCGAGAGUACUUUGUUUAAU